AUGGACAGAAAAAUUGAAUCACGGGAAGUGCUUAUGCCUUUCGUGAACCAAGCAGGGCAAGAGGGAGAGCCCCAGGAAGGAGCGCACAGGGCCGAAGACGCCAAAUCCUCCUCCGAGAAGUCUUCCAGCGAAAGCAGAUGGGUCUGUCGGGUGAAUGAUGCGUGGAGAGCUGAUGAAAAGUCAACAUCUUCUGACUCAAACAAAGGCUCUGGAUCUGGCACCAAGCCUGUGACGACGACGACGGGUGCGGACGCUUCCUCGUCGCAGGGUCAACGCCUCCAAGCCAAUAGCUCCGAUUCGGAUGAGCAGCAAUCUCAAGCCUUACGCACACUACACCAGCAGGGGAAUUGCAACCCUUGCGUGUUCCACAACUCACGGUUGGGGUGUGAUAAAGGACGGGCCUGUCGCUUCUGUCACCAGCAACACCAACAUGCCGGUGGCCAGCAGCGACCACGGAAGAAAACACGCGAAGACAUCAAGAUCCGAAUCGAAGAAUGUCUCGAACUUGAAGGAGAAGAGGCGCAUGCUGCUCUUCAGGCCGAGGCGAUUAGACAUCCAUACGCUCGAGGCUUGAUUCGAGGCUACCUGGAUGACAGGGCUGAAAACAGAGAUGGCGUUGCACGACCACUUGAACCUGGAGAAGUUGUGUUUUAG